UACGAUUGAUGCAAGUGUGCACAAAACCUUAUUCAAAAUGGGUGGACCAAAUCAAAAAUGUGAAGAAACGCCGGUUUCUCAACAAGAAAAGCUUACACGAUGGCGAGAAGAACGGCAAAGGAAGCAGAAAAGCACCAAAAAUCAAAGCUCUUUUAUUUUGACCAAAAGCUUAAAUCGGUCCCGAAUCAGUCUCGGCGGAAACAGCUUAAGUAGUCUCCCUGCUCAACAAACAACAGAAGUUCAGGAACGGAUUCCGAAUAGAGUGAUUCGGGGUGCGAAAAGCAUUGACGAUGCUCGAUCGCGCCUUUUUAGGCAGACAAAGAAUAAUUUUCGAAGUCCAUUAGUGUCUGUUGCCAACGUCCGCUGCCCCGCGCAUCCUGGCUCCUCUCGUGAAACCAAGUUGUGCCUUAACAAACAAUUGAGUCUCUUAGAAAUGAGUAAUUGUAAGCAAGCUCCAUUGGAUGCGACAAAAUCUACCUCGACAUCACCUUUCUGUUCAUGGGUUGCGUUGGAUACCCCACAAUCAACUUCACCGUUAUCCUGGAACGAAGAUUACGUUGAGCUUGCGGAGCCUCCAAUUGAUAGCACACCAAUUCCGCAGACAUCUAAAGUGUGUCGUCAAUCUAUGCUAGAUUACCAAGCAGCGCCGCAGUCAAAGCUUUCAAGAAAUCGAGCCAGCGGAGAACAGCUUCGUGACGACCUGCCUUUACUGGAAUCGGCUCUACAGGAGUUUCAGCAAGGCUUAGAUUCAUUCGAUUGGCGCAACGAGACCACUGAGGAGUCGGCACAAGGCAUGGAUCCAAUUUGUAGAUCGUAUAGUGGAGAAGACCCCCAAUUUCUUUUGCCUAUUCCAUCGUCAAGAGAAGCAAAUUCAACGAAACAACACAACAAAGCCUCCACUUCAGCGGAUAUUGCCCAAAGGCAUUUAUCUCAAGACAGCGAACUCCGUACAAAUACAUCGGUGGAGAAGCCAUCGAUUCGACAACGAUCGCAAGCGCCAUUUGCUUUUCCUUCUUUAGGGCACCCGUCGCUGCUCAGACAGAUAUCCAACCCUGAAGACAACGGCUUACCCAUCCCUGCACCUCUCACGACACCUCGCAACAGCUCCUUUUUAACCUUGGAUCUGGAAACGCCAGAGGAGGACUGGCCCAGGCGACAGGAUGCCAAGCAGCUCUUGCUACCCAUCCCUUCCUUGCGUGAGCACUUGCCGCCCUUCAAAGAUAAAGCACCAAAGUCGGACUUUCCGUCUCGCGAAGAAUUCAUUGACUAUACCAAGGGGGAAAAUUCAGGCACAGAGAAAAAUAAAACAGCUUUUUCCAGCCAAAAGGAAUCAUCUUGGGAAAGAUCUCCUUCUAAUAUACAACCAAUCAAGGCAUCACUUCCGAAGACAGCCAAUUCUAAUCUCGCGGAGCCUCGCCUCCAAGAAAUGCAAGUCUGGGACCUGAAAGAUGAGGAUGACUCAUUCGACUGGCGUCACGAUGUGGUUUCACCGGAUUUUCAUCCGUCGCAGCCAUCCCGGAGGCGAGCUUCUUCCGUCUUGCUUCCCAUUCCGUCUCUACGCAACGAUCUGGAUGGGACUCCUGAUCAAGAUCUGCAAGCGAACCGAAAGGAGGAAGCAACCAACACGGUCGAUAAUAGUACAGACGCUGAAAUCGAACAUAAGUGCAGUGGACAAUUGAAGGCGCCUGACAAGCUUGCGGACGAAAAACCUAAGAAAGUGUGGAGUCCUAAAAAUUGUUCCUGCAAAACCAAUGUUCACAGCGAGACGUCUGUCAAGUUUAAAGAUUUCGAGCAGCACUUACCACUGGAAACGGUACCAGAGGAAGCGAUGGACCAGAUACCAACCUUAAAAGAGCAACUGGUUCUUUCUCUGAAUGAGAUCAAACGACUACAGGAUCAAGUGAAGGUAGCCACAGCGUUUGAGAACCGGGUUACUCCCUUCCGGGACGUCUUUGAAGAUCUCCGAAAAAUGAGGGCUGACAAUACAAAGUUACGCCGAGACAAAGAGCAGAUUGAGCAAAUGGUGGAAGGCUUGCAACAGCAAAUGAUGACGGCGGUACAGAUGGCUGUGCAAAAGACCAAAGGACUUCAAAUUCAGUUGGAGGCGUCGCAGUCAGAACUGCAUGCCGCCCGUGAGCUGAUCAGACAGCUAAAAUCUGAAUGA